UUUUUUCUCACUACCAUAGUCAAAUAGUCUUUUCACCAAUGUCAGCUAAAGCAAAGAAAUCCUUGGCUGAGCAACUCGCAGAUCUAGACACCACUGCUCCAGCAGAUUUCGACCCGGAACAGUUUGACGAUACUUUCCAAGACCAAGCUGGAGAAGACGACGAAGGUGACUUUAGUGAAGAAGAUACCAAUGCUCGAGGUCACUAUGUCGCUGUUGGCAAGAGUGCUUUGCGCAAGUCGCAAUUUUUAAUGGAGGAUCCAAAGUAUGGCGGAAAGCGAAGCAAUCGUAACGCUAUCUUCAAUGAAGAAGACGAUCAAGAGAUUUCUGAGGAUGAAGUCGAUCUCGAUGAGGAAAGCGAAGACGACGAAGAAAUUGAUUCUGAUGCUGGCGACGCUGAAGGUCAGCAAAGCAGUGAUGACGAUCAAGUGGAUGGAGAGGAGUCCGAAGAGGGCGACUUUGAACAGACCGAUUCGGAAGAUGACGAAGUUACCAAUCCCAUCGAGAACGAUGCUGAAGUCCAAGAAGAGUUGAAGAGAUUGCGUGAAGAGGAAAAGAAAAUGCUGUCAAACAUGUCAAAAUCUGCCAAAUCUGACGUAGAGAAAGGUCAGCAUGUCAAGCAGCAGUUGAACCUCUGGGAUGGUUUCCUUGAUACCCGUAUUCGCAUGCAAAAGGCCAUGAACAUUACCAAUCAGCUUCCUCAGUAUGAUGUGUGGCCAGAUUUUCUUAUGAAUGACACCGAUGCCAUUCCACAUAUUGAAGCAUCGAAAUCAAAGCUACGAACAUUAAUAGAUUCUGUUAUGGAUUUGAGAAUCGACUUAAUUAGAGACAACAAUGAUUCCAUUAUCAUACCAAAAGAUGCUGCUCAAUCCCGAAAGCGACAUCUCGACGACGACGACGAGUAUGUUGAUAAAUUAUGGGAGGACAUGUCACAAUUGAAUGAACUCUUCACACCCUAUCGCAAUGCCACCGUUGAAAAGUGGGGUAGCAAGGUCCAAAUUGCUUCUGGUAUUCCUUUGAAUAAGAAAUUCAAAGCUUUUGAUCAAAGCAUCAUGACGCAAGUAAACUCUAUAUUGGGAGAUGGUGAUAGACUGGUGAAGCGAACACAAUUAAGACGAACGGAAAAUCGACCACUUGGAAAGGAACAACCUGAAGUCGACGAAGCAAAGGAGGUUGAAGUGGAUGGACAUCUUGCCGAUCAUGAUGCAGAGAUCUUUGAUGACAACGAUUUCUAUCAACAACUUUUGAAGGAGCUCAUCGAAUCCAGAAUGGUCGAUACAGAUGACCCGAUUGCACUUGGUAUGCGAUGGGCUGCACUCAAGCAGAACAAGCAAAAGAAGAAGACGGUUGACACCAGAGCAAGUAAAGGAAGACGUCUUCGUUAUCAUGUGCACGAAAAAAUCCAAAACUUUAUGGUGCCUAUACCUGCUGGAUCAUGGCACGAUGGGAUGACAGACGAGUUGUAUGCAUCCUUGCUUGGUAGAAAGCAACGCGAUUUGAUGAAUGAGGAGGAAGCACAAGAGGAGCAAGAUGAACCAGAGAACGAGGAUCACGAGAUAGUGAACGGUGAAGCUGUUGAUGGAUUGCGAAUCUUUGGAUAAAUGACACGAUAGACUAGAUGAUAUGGGGUGAACGCUUUGACUACCUACCCUUACUGAACCUCCAUUUGUUUUUUUUAACUGUAAAACUGGAAAACCUUGUAAUUAAAUUGAUCUAACUUUCCAUAUAUCCCAAGUUGCUUACAUUGCGUACCGUAUAUCCACA